AACAAAUCUCAUUUAGCAACUUAAUUCUGUGUAUUUAGGCAAUUAGAUUCAUCUGGUUCAUCUGUCCCUUAUCUCAAGUGUUUUAUUAUUUCCAAUUCGAUCCAUCUAGAUCUUAUAAACUUUUUUAAUUUAAUAAUAAUCCCCAUAUUAUAUAUCAAUUAUAGUAGUAGUAAUUUGCAUAAUCGGAUCCAAUACGAUUCUUCUGACAUUACUUUCAUUCUACUCCAAAACUUUGUGUAUUCAUUGCUGGGGACUCGUAAUUUUCAAGAUUCAUUUGUGGGGUUGCUUUCCUCAGCAUUGAAUUACACCAAGUUCUCUGUAGGUAAUUUGAUGGAGUUGAUGUUCAGGAAGUGAUUUGUUUUCGGAGACUAUAUUGUUGUAUUUAUUUGUUGCCACAGAAUUUGCUCUGAAGGCCCAAUUUUCUGGCAAUUGAUAGCUUCAACACUCUCAAAUUGGAAAAAGAUUCAAUCUUUUUGUAGUUUACUUUGGCUUGGGAGUUGUGGUUUUGAAGCCAUAUCCAAGUGACAUCAGUUGUUGUAGAAAACCCCAUGUUUUCUGUGUGGAUCUUGCUGUAAAUUUGAGAAGCAAUGGCUUCUUUUUCAUCUAAGGAUCCUUCCACGCUGUCCUAUCCAAAGUCAUUAUUGUCUAUUGUAACUACUGUAGGAGGCCUUGCUGUAUUUUUAAUUCUUGCUUCCUCAUUUCUGGUUUCUCAACCCAUUGGGGCUGCAGUACAUGAGUAUUUUUAUGGUGUACAGCAGCAUUCACUAGUUGGGGAUGGGGUAACAUUUCCUGAUCCUCGACGCGAUGAUGUUGUUAUUAAUGAUACUCCAAACUUUAAUAAUUUGACGGCGGUGGGAAAAAAUGACAAAGGACUUGAGGAUGAGAAGGACCAGACAUCCAAGUCUCAAGACGAAAAGAAAGAGCCAGAUUUGAAGGGGGAAAUUAUUGAGAAUUCUACGCAAACACCUGUUUUGUCAGAAUCCAGUCAUUCUGUUGUUCAACCACAUCCUGAGUCAAGGCAAGAAGACGAAGAGAGUAACAAUUCUAGUUUGCAGAAGGAAAGCAAGAAUGAAGGGUCUCUUCAAUCUUCUGAUGCCCAUUCAGAGGACAUAAAAUCUUCAUCUACUGAACCCAAUAGCAUAAAGCAGGCUAAGCUAGAUCCAGAAUGUGAUCUAUAUCAUGGAAAAUGGAUUUCUGAUCAGUCCGGACCAUUGUACAGAAAUGACUCCUGCCCUGUCCUGACACAGAUGCAGAACUGUCAAGGAAAUGGAAGGCCUGAUAAGGAUUAUGAGAACUGGCGGUGGAAACCAACUCAGUGUGACCUGCCACGAUUUGAUCCAAAGAAGUUUUUGGAAUUAAUGAGAGGAAAAACUUUAGCUUUCAUAGGUGACUCAGUUGCUCGCAACCAGAUGGAGUCAAUGCUGUGUAUCCUUUGGCAGUAUGAGGUUCCAAAAAACCGCGGGAACAAAAGAAUGCAGCGCUACUAUUUCAGAUCCACAUCUACUAUGAUCGUUCGUAUAUGGUCUUCAUGGCUUGUCAACCAAACAUCUGGGCCUCUUGAUUUCGCUCCAGCAGGUGUAGUUAAGCUCCACCUAGAUGUUCCUGAUGAUGGGUUCAUGCAAUACAUCCCCCAGUUUGAUGUGGUUGUGCUCUCCUCUGGCCACUGGUUUGCAAAGCAAUCCGUUUAUGUUCUGAAUAAUGAGAUUGUUGGAGGACAAUUGUGGUGGCCAGACAAGUCUAGAAAGAUGAAAGUCAAUAAUGUUGAAGCUUUUGGCAUCUCUGUUGAAACCAUCCUGACUGCCAUGGCAACACAUACAAAAUUCAGUGGUAUCACCAUUGUUCGCUCCUUUUCACCUGAUCAUUAUGAGGGUGGAGCAUGGAACACGGGAGGAUCAUGUACUGGAAAGGUGAAGCCUGCAGAGGAUGGUGAAUUGGUCGAAAAUGGCUUCACAAACAUAAUGCACGAAAAGCAAUUCACGGGUUACAGUCGUGCUAUUAAGAAGAAAUCCAACAAGUCCGCCUUAUUAUUUAUGGAUAUCACACAAGUCUUUGCAUACCGCCAUGAUGGACAUCCGGGUCCCUACCGAAGCCCUGACCCGAAUAAAAUCACAAAAAGAGGUCCUGAUGGUAAGCCCCCUCCACAAGACUGCUUGCAUUGGUGCAUUGUUGAUACAAUGAGUGGUGCAUGA